GCCGCACGAAGUCUUUUGGCGUGCAUGAAGAGGCAAAACAAACUUUGUUGCUUCAGGAUCAUAUCAACAAUCCACUGAUACCUCCCAGUUACUGGUAGUAGCAGCUAGUAGUACCGUAGGGGUAUCUAUCAAAAGAAUUAUCUAUAUUGAAGACAAUGAUGGUCGACUCCAUGUAUAGUAAAUUGGCACUAGUCUUUUUGGGACUACUGCUGGCGGCAGUGCACGGUAUGACUGAGACGCAUCGAGUCGAAGAACAUUUGAAGCGCUAUGGUGGAGACUGGCCUCCGGAGUACAUUCCCAACACUCCUGGCUGGAAGAGACAAAUGGAUAAGCGAUUCAAGCAAGUACUGGAAAUGGACAACCGUCACAAGAAAUACGAUGGUUGGAUGCAGACGGUCAACAUGGCCUUUUUGGCACCCAAUUUUACCGAAUAUGGAAUGGGGUUGGUGCGGGCACCCGAGGAUUUGACCCUAACGUUGCAGCACGAGAUUCGAACGGCCGUUAAAGAAGGCAAGACGCGGAAAGAACAUUCCAUUGAUGCCAUUGGAGGUCCCAAUGGAUGUGAUUUUGUCGAUCGGCCGGAUCUAACACAACGAGUCGUAACAGAGCUUCAGCCGUACACAGAGGCGUGGGUGGGUAUGCCGUUGCACCCAGUGCUUGCCUAUGGAUUCCGGCUGUAUCUUAACGAAAGUGAUCUAAACAUGCAUGUAGAUAAAGCUCAAACCCACAUUAUAUCCAUGAUCUAUCACAUUGACCGAUCAGAGGAUUCACAGCCGUGGCCGGUUCUUAUCGAGGACUUUAAGGGCAAUACCCACGAGAUUGAGCUGCAACCUGGAGACAUUCUCUUUUAUGAGAGCUCCAAAUGCCUACAUGGACGGCCGUCAAAAUACUACGGAAGCUGGUAUACAUCCGUAUUUGUUCAUUAUUAUCCCACCAAUGGAUGGAUGGAUACCGACCACAACAUGGAGUGUCAUUAUGCCAUCCCCCCUUGGUGGGACACGGAGGUCCCUCCCCAGGACAAGACACAGGAACCGCUGGAUAUCCUAGGAACCAGUUUCAAGGAACACAACUGUCCCAAUGAAUGGUGCAAUUCACAAAACACAGUCAAAUGGAGCAUUGGGUCCGAAGACGGAUACUGGAUCGAUGGAGGGAUGCGGAAACACGAAUUCACGCCCGGGCUGGUGGAUCGCGAUGAAGAAUUGUAGCCGAAUUUGGAAAGAAGGACUGAGUGACAGGCGCUCUGUGAAAGGUAAACUUCUUGGAUUUUGUAGCAAGCAGGAAGCAGUAGAUGGGCAUUCAAACUUCUGGGAGCUACUAGUAGCAGUAGACUGUUGACAGGAAAUCAACCGUAAAGACCACUAUAGCUGAUACCAUCACCCUCGUUCU